CAGACGUUUAGCCAAAGACCUCGAACCCGCCACUGGGACCGUGAGGUUUGGGAUGCUGCAGGUCAUCUCUGACCCCCGCCGGAGGAUGUCUCUCUCCAGCACAUGGUAUCUGAUUUUGGGGCUCGUCACCCUUUGCCUGGGAGUCUGGGGGGAAGUGGGAAACUUUUCGUCCUGUCCCCAAUUCUUCUACAAGGGCCACCCCCCGAAAGGACUGGGGGGAGAGGGGUGCCCCCAGAUCUGCCAGCGCUACCACAACAAGUAUCAUUUCGCCAGCCUGUACCACAGGGAGCACCGCACUCCUCUGUACUCUGCGUAUGUGCUCAGCGCAGGGGGCAGGAAGAGACCCAAAAAUACAUGGAAGUACGAACCACAGCUGGCCAACUCCAAAGCCGAACCAGAGAUGCAGCCGUUUCCUGCUGGACCGGUGGAUCAGAACGUGGUGGAGAGUCAGGCGGUGCUGAGGGACUACUUCAAUUCGUCUUACACCAAGGGUCACCUGAGCCCCAACCAGCACUUCCGAGAGGAGCAGGAUAAGAAGGCCACCUUCACCCUCACUAACAUCGUGCCUCAGAAGGCCGGCUCCAACUCAGGCCCCUGGGCCACGCUGGAGAGCACGGUUCGCAAGCUGCUGAGCGACUACUGCACGGGUCAGGCGUACAUCGUGACGGGGGUGAUGCCCUACGUCUCUGGCCGUUGGAUAAAUAACCGCGUGGCUGUGCCGGAGUACCUGUGGUCGGCCUACUGCUGCCCUUCCUUCAACACCAGCCUCCCCGCCCAGCUCAGCGAUUUCUUCCCCACGUACGCCGCCAUUGGCCGCAACGACCCCCUCAGCGGCCAGGACAUCGUUCCCGUAAACACCCAUGCCAAGAGGUCCGUCUGGGGCUAUGACGUGAGGCGCAUGCCCCUGAGGACGAUGGAGAUGUACCUACAGCAGCGGAUGGGCAGGCCUGUCAGUGUGUUUCACAGUGAAUGCUCUCAAGAGAACGGGGGCAUGCAGUAAGACCGUGUGCAACUCCCAUCUGUAGCUGAAUACUGGUAUUUUCUUGGCUGUUAUUUGCCAAACUGAAGUGCUCUUUGAUUUCUGUUGCUGCAACCUCAAUUUACAACUACAUCUCAUUAAAUGUGU